GUGCUUAAACCCCUUACAGUCACACCAUUCCCCCGCAUUACUUGCUGCAGACACUAGCAUUCCUAGGUUGAGAUUGUUCACCCGGCCCCGCACUCUAUAGUCGAUUACAAUGAGUCGAGGAGGCAGCGGAUAUGAUAGACACAUCACCAUUUUCAGCCCGGAGGGCCGGCUCUUCCAAGUUGAGUAUGCCUUCAAGGCCGUUCGGACGGCUGGCGUGACCAGCAUUGGUGUCCGCGGAAAGGACAGCGUCGUUUUCGUGACGCAAAAGAAAGUGCAGGACAAGCUCAUAGAUCCCACCAGCGUGACCCGCCUGUUCAAGAUCACGAAGUUCAUCGGCAUGCUGGUGACUGGCCUUCCAGCGGACACUCGCGCCAUCGUGCAGCAGGCCCGGCAGCAGGCGGCUGAUUUCCGGUUCAAGUUCGGGUACGAGGUGCCGGUGGACUACCUGGCCAAGGUACUGGCCGACAAGGCGCAGGUGUACACGCAGCACGCCUACAUGCGGCCUCUGGGCGUGGUGUCGAUGCUCAUCGGCGUGGACGAGGAGCGCGGCCCACAGCUAUUCAAGGUGGACCCUGCCGGCUACUACGUCGGCUACAAGGCCACGUCGGUGGGCGUGAAGGAGACGGAGGCGAACAACUUCCUGGAGAAGAAGUUCAAGAGCAACCCGCAGUUCACCUACGACGAGGCCGUCACCACCGCCAUCGCGGCGUUGCAGGGCGUGCUGAGCGAGGAGUUCAAGUCGUCGGACCUGGAAGUGGGCGUGGUGCGGGCUGGCUCGGAGGGCGGCGACGGCUCGUUCCGCGUGCUAACAACCGAAGAGGUGGACCACUACCUCACCAUCAUCAGCGAGCGCGAUUAGAUACAGGGCCGGCGCUGGCUGCGCGGCGGGGAGUGGCGGAGGAGGCGGUACAGGAGGCCAGCGAGGGGAAGAUGUCAAGCUGUGGAGUUAGGGGGUGCGCGGCGGCUGGUGGAUUGCAUGGUGUGGGGUUGUGGUCCGCGCGAAAGGCGGCGGGCGUGGGGUACCUCAGCGCGCUGAUAGGGUCUGGACAGGAAGACAAGCGUGGCGCCGGCUGUUCCUAGAACAGACCGCAUUGAGCAGGAGGGAGUGCACGGGGGCAAUCCGGGGAGUACGCCCAGACGCAUGGGUGUGCUUCAACUCCAACCCACCCGAGUGCUGCGGGUGUGGUUGCUGUCAGGGUGAACCACAGUCUAGGGGGGGAACAUGUCGGCUCAGGUGCGCGGAAUACACAGCUUGGAGGUGUGUGAAGGUGCGGCAUGGCAGCGGCACCAUAUGUACAGUAAUCGUAGUUAUGCCUGAGACACACUGUGGCUUCGUGUGGGAACGCGGCGAUGCCCUCGCCAUUGUGCUGUAACCGGUGAACAUA